AUGCAGGAGGCUGUCGCGGCGGAGGCGGCGGCUCAUGCGGCGGCGGCGGCGGCGGUAGUGGCGGCGACGGAGGCGGCCGCCGCACAGAAUGUCAUCCACACCGUCCCGUCGGAGCAGGAGGUCAGGCAGGAGGGUGUGCAGGACACGGACCAGGAUGUGAAUCUAGUGGCGGGUCAACAAGAGCAUGCUGAGGAACCCGUGGAUGCGGAACAGGAUGUUGAGGAGCAGGGACAGGAGCAGGAUUCCGGGCCGGCGAUGAAGAAGGCAAGGCUUGACAGCAGUGUAGAUGGAAGGUUUGCGACAGUGUCGUGAAGAAAGAAUUGUAUGUGUAGGGAGUGGAAAUGCUUAUUAUAUUUGUUAUCGGUUGUAAUAAAUAGGUACGAGGUACGAGCCCUUUUUUGUUUCA